AUGUGGGCGAUACUUACGAGGACGUUCCGCGGGCACCUUUUUUUCCGCAAGCCGCUUGUAAGCUGUUCAUCAGACUGCGAACCAAAACAAGAGCGCCGUACCCGCAAGAAGCGCGCACCGGGGAGCGGUAAAAUCCAAGACGCUUCGCGUGCAAAGGACUCUGCGAAGGCUCCGGUGAAGCGCACGUCGCAGAAGCGGAAGGCAGAGAAGAAGCCGCCGCCACCUAAAAACAGCAGAGAGCGUGUGCCUUGGAAUCGGGGGAAGACGCUCCCAGAGCCUCUGAGAGAAAAAAUAAAGGCAAGGACAAUAGCUGCUCAUCGAAGGCCUGACGUUGUGCUGCGGGUCCUGAGGCGGGACCAAAGGCCAGAGGCGGAGCCACUUCCGAACGUCCAAAUUGUUGGGAAGCAGGGCCGACUAGAGUUUUCUCUGCAAGAAUUGAAAAGUCUUGACUGGAACUGGGUAGCUGCCGUGGAGCAGUCCGCAGCUAUACCGCCCGACAAGUCUGCUUCAGCGGAGGGCGAGUUGCCGACGCGUUCUGGUACAGGGCUCGAGAAUCGGCGCAGGCGACCACCCUCCACGAGACCGCCCCCGGAAAUUUUCCAGUUUGAGCCUUUGCAAAUGACGCCUCAAGUUCUCAGAAGAAUGAGCUACGAUGUGGAGCGAAAAUUAUCGGAUAGCUCUUACCUGGAUGCGUACGAGGGUAAGGCGCUGCCCAAGAAAACACUUGGUCCGAAUGCACGGAUUUGA